GUUUUUUUCCACAGUGAAAUCUCAAAGCAGAAGUUAUGGAGCUUCAUGGCAAAUAUUCACAAACUAAUGUUUGCACCACAUGCUCACGUUGUCUUCUGUGAAACGUAAUACAGCAGCCAGUUUCAUCAGAGCGGAGCUGAGCUAACAAAGCCGGUGUCGUUACAGGAUUGCUCAAUGGUUGUGUCACCAGGAGGAGGCUGGACUGGUCGGGCGGAGUGUUCAACAUCAUCGGCGCUCACUCACUCUCUGCCUCUCUGAGUGUGAGGCAGUCCCUCUCCCCGUCUGCCUCUCUCUCUCUCUCUCUGUCUUUUUCUAUCUCUCUCGCUCUCUCUAUCUCUCCCAGUGUGGACUGUAAGGGAUCGGGAUUUUCUCACCAAAAGAACAAAGACCUCAGAGCAGCAGGCAGUCACUCUCGAAGAGGAAAGGACGCGUGGCUGGAUAUAAUCACCAAAAACGCGUAAAAAGUUCUAUCAAGCUAUAUGACUAGUCUUACACGGAGGAAUGGAGCGUAGAGUCUGUUGUUUUUUCUAGCCGUCAAAGGACUCAUCCUUUAAUAAGUCAGGGUCUGAUUUUUGCUUUGAGUCGAUCUAUGAGGAUGAACUUGCAACGGAGCAGCCCGGCACCUUGCAUCCGCACCGGGAGAGUCGCGCACAAGCGGCUGGACUCAGACGACCAGCCGCUGGCGAAAUGCGCCAGGCUGAGCGCCGAAGCCGGGGACACACAGGGACUCCUCCUCGGUACCUCACCCGGAUCCCCGGUGAGCCCCGUCUCAAACCCAAUCACAGGAACCCACCAGGGCCCAUCCAGGAUAGGACCGUUUCUACUUCUACCUCUGGCGGACCGGGAGAGCGUGCACAGCGCGAUGAACACCGACACAGGCGAUGAGCUGCUGUGCAAGGUCUUUGAUAUGGGAGUGUACCAGGAAAAGAUCAGAUCCUACGGGAUCCUACCAGCCCACAAGAAUGUUUCUGACAUCAGGGAAAUCAUCCUGGGCGAACGCAAGGCCUACGUGUUCUUGGACAAGGACUUUGGGGACAUGCACACCCUGGUGAAGAGCUGUCGCAGGCUGGAUGAAGAGCACGCCUGCAGGCUCUUCAGGCAGGUGGCUCUGGCUGUGGCCCACUGCCACAUGAAUGGCAUCGUGCUGGGUGACCUCAAACUGAGAAAGUUUGUCUUUGCUGAUGAAAAAAGGACACAAGUGAGACUAGAAAGCCUGGAGGACUGCCGCGUCCUAGAAGACCCAAAGGACGACUCCAUGUCAGACACCCAUGGCUGCCCCGCCUACGUCAGCCCGGAGAUCCUCAGCAGCUCUGCGCCUUACUCCGGGAAGAUGGCAGACAUGUGGAGCCUUGGAGUCAUGCUGUACACCAUGCUGGUAGGCCGCUACCCGUUCCACGACCCAGACCCAGCCACGCUGUUUUCCAAAAUCCGCAGAGGCCAGUGCUGCUUGCCAGAAGGCCUGUCGCCAAAGGCCAAGUGUCUACUCCAGAGCCUGCUGAGGAAAGAACCCUGGGAGAGACUCACGGCCACAGAGCUGCUAGCUCACCCGUGGUUCCGCCAGGCGCAGUCCUCGCAGGAAGUGGCGCUAGGUGAACAGGAAGUGAGCUCGGCGGAACAGAUGGUGCCAUCCUUUGACGUGGAAGAGGAUGAUGAUCUGUUCUGCUGACAGAUUAGAAUCAGCUGAGUCUGGCUGAGGGACCGAAACAAGAAAUGCUAUGAGGGAGUCAUAGUGGUUGUUGUUUUUUUUUUUACAUUGGCACUUUUUUGAAACCCAUUUGUGUACUGUGGAGUGUACAUACACCCUCAAGCUUUCUACAAAUCCUACUGUACUGUAUUUUGUUGUCGUAUAUGUGUUACUUGCUAAGGGCAUUCUUCACAAUGAUCAUUCAUUGUGUCUCUAUAUGUAUGUUUUUCAAAAUUAUUUGGUGCUAAAAGACAUAACAAAGACUCAGAAUUUGCCAGAUUACGUUCACAGAUUACCAUAUAACGUCUGCAGGCUGCUGUGAGUAUAUGACAGAACUCAUUGUAUACAGUAGUCACAGUUCUAGCUCUCAGCCUGGACUCUUCAGAAAGCAUUACAAGACUCCUGACCGGGCGGGGAUGAGACAGGGAUGUUGUUCCUCUCACUCUCAGACCAGGCUGCAGGCUUCACCAGCUGACUCACCGCCACACGGGCUCGAGGAAGGCCGAGCACAAGCUACAAGUCUGGCAGCGGGAGUUGUCGUCAAGUGAGAAAGAUGGUUAGCAGAGGACUGAUGUGUCAUACUCAGCGGGGACGCUACCAAGAUGUUUCACUGCCAAUCUGGCAACUACUCAGCAUUUACAAAUCACACAGAAUGCGCAGAAGGUUUGAGGGAUGCAGGGUGUUACUGGUGUUAAGACUCGCACAGACAGGAGGAGAGUUUUUCACACACACUGAACAAUAAGCUGUGACAAUGAGCUAACUCAAGUCUUUGUAUAAGGCUAACAGAAAAGUACAUUUCCAAAACGUUGUCAUUUUUUUACACUUAGAUCUAAAAAAAAAAAAAAGAAAAAGGUUUUCAAAACGUGCUAGCAGCAGAAUAUCAUGAAAGAUACAUGUGCACAGGAAGGGAUUUUGGACAUUGCAAGUAGAACAAUGAUUCAUCUGUUUGGCUCUUGUGCAAAUUUCAGCUAACGGCUAACACUAAGGUGUUUCUGUUUUUUUAAAUCAAACUCUGGAAGUUCUCAUUUUUUUCAAGCAAGAGAGAUGGUCAUUUUUUACCUCAGAGGAUUUCAGAAACAAAAAGCUAAAAAAAAUAAGAAACACAAGAAUUCAAGUAGUACUUCCUAUUAAUGCAAUAAGAGUAAACUAAUAAACCCGAACAAAAGCACCAAGUAUCCAGUUAAGCAAGCAGAAGAUGACAGAAAAAAUGAAGACUUUCUCAGUUGAGGAGUUGAACUUCUUUUUUUUUCUUCCACUUCUGUUGGAACAUUAUGUCAAGCCUUGUUGCUUUAACAAAGCUGAGCUGUGCUGAGUGUUAUGCCUGUAUCACUGUGUUUCAUAAACGGAGCAGCUCUGAAUCAGUCGCAGUCAGGCGAUGUUUGAUGUUGGAUGUCUGAUGAUGACUCACCACUUUAGCGUGUCUGUGGGGAAUGGUCCUGACCUUGGCUGGAAGAAUCUGUUCGGACAUUUUCCUCUUUUUUAAUGGUAUCUUAUUUCCCUCCUUUGUUUUUCCACUGUGCACUGUGCAUCCAUGGAGUCUAGUCAUCAGUUAGCGACAUGAUGUAUCAUGUUUUAUCUUGGAUAGUGACAGGUGCAUGAAGCGACAUUUAGCCUUACAGUCUGCAGCCCGCUCUUUCAUUCUGGCACAAUUUUUUUGACGACGGUACUAAAUCUGGCAUAUCUGAGAAGGUCUUGUUCAAUUUUUUUUUGGUUGUGCAGAAGGUUAACAAAACGUCUGUUGCGGUUCUUUAAUUAUUUCUCUCAUCUGCUUGAGCUGUUAACAGAGUCGUGACAAUCUGAAUUGCUCCUCGCAGAGAAGUAAUUUAAUGGUUUUGUUCAUACAUGUAAAGUAAGUCACACAUUCAUGUGACAUGUAGAGUAAAUUGACACGGGUGCACAAACUUCGUAUUGCACUGUGAAUUAUGUAUUUGUGACACAACCUAGAGGCUGUUAUUAGUCCCAUCAGGUUACACAAAAGAGAUCUAUUCAUUGUAGAAGAGAUGUAAAUAUGUAUAUUUGAAAUAUGUGUGGAGAUGUUAAAUAAAGAUCACUUUUUUCAUAUUCA